AUGGCUGUACAGACUCUAGAACCACAAGAUCACGGGCGCGAUGCCCAAUUCGCCCAUGCUUUGCACGGCAAGUCUGGCACAAUGCGCGGUGGCCUCACCUCACUAUUCCGAAAGAACUCAGAGACAAUGAAAUCCGCGGUGGACGGAUAUUUCAAGUAUUGGACUGGAAAAUCGAUCGGGGAGCAGACUAAUGAAUACGCCACGCGAACAAAAUUGUAUUAUGACCUUGUAACUGACUUUUACGAAUACGGCUGGGGCCAAUCCUUCCACUUCUGUCGCUCGAGCUAUGGCGAAUCCUUUAGUGAGGCCAUCACUCGUCAUGAACAUUAUUUGGCCCAUUCAAUGAAUCUCAAAGAGGGCAUGAAGGUUCUAGACGUCGGUAGCGGUGUAGGAGGGCCGGCACGGCAGAUCGCGAAGUUCUCGGGCGUCCAUGUCACUGGUAUCAAUAUUAAUGACUACCAAAUCAGACGUGCCAACUGUUACGCAUCGAAGAGUGGACAAUCUGAGGAUGUCCGUUUUGUCAAAGGAGACUUUAUGCAAAUGCCAUUUGAAGACAAGGGUUUGACGCCGUGUACAGUAUCGAAGCCACUGUCCAUGCUCCUAAUCUCGAAGCCAUCUAUCGCGAAAUCUUUCCCAGGAGGUGUCUUUGGUGUGUAUGAAUGGGUCAUGACCGAUGAUUACGAUGACACAAACCCUGCCCAUAGGGACAUGCGUCUUGGCCUCGAAAUGGGCGGCGGUAUUGUCAACACAAUCUCUAAUCGCCGCGAUGCUCUGGCAGCUAUCAAAGCGGCAGGGUUUGAGGUCCUCCAUCAUGAAGACUUGGCUAGGAGAACGGACGCCAUCCCAUGGUAUUGGCCGUUUGCUGGCCGGAUCAGCUACGCGCAGUCUCUGGUUGAUUGCUUUACCGUAGUAUGGUUGAGCAGUUGGGGGCUGAGUGCUUCGCAUAAGGUCUUUGGGUUUUUGGAGAGUAUAGGCCUCGCACCAACAGGCACGAAAAAGACGGCCGAUAGUCUGGCUCUCACCGCUGCGGCGUUAGCAGCAACUGGCGAAGACUAUUUGUUCUCGCCAAUGUAUUUGAUGAUUGGGCGUAAACCAUAG